AAAGGAAGGUUAUGAAACAAGCGUGCAAGGGGGACGCGUUCAUGUGAGGGACGCUUCCACACAGCUUUCUACAGCUGAUUUAAGGUGAAGGUCAAGCUUUUGUUACACCUUUCUUCACCAAGGUGGUUGCAGAAGGGGUAGCCACCGUCUCAUAUGAUUAUAUAUCGGGCAGAAGUUUGAAGAAUGGCUGGACUGAUCAAUUUCGAGGACGAAAAGGAAGUGAAAGAGUUCUUGGAUAACUUAGGAGUGGAGUACAGUUUCCAGUGCUACAAAGAGAAGGAUCCUGAAGGGUGUCAAAGACUUGCUGAUUAUCUGGAAGGAGUGAAGAGAAACUAUGAGUCUGCAGCUCAAGUUCUCAAACACAACUGUGAGACGAAUGGACACGCAGAGAGCUGCUACAAACUGGGAGCCUACCAUGUGACGGGCAAAGGUGGUGUCACCGAGUGCCUGAAAACGGCCUACUCCUUCUUUAUCCGCUCCUGCGACUCUGGAGGAAAGAAGUCUGUCGACGCCUGUCACAACGUCGGCCUUUUAGCCCACGACGGGCGAGUGAUGGAAGAAGGGCCCGACCUCGCGACCGCUCAGAAGUACUACGCCAAGGCCUGCGAUGGGGGCUUUGCUCCCUCCUGCUUCAACCUCAGCACCUUGUUCAUUGAGGGCAAUUCCAAAGGGCUGCCACCAGACAUGACUCUAGCUUUAAAGUAUGCCAACAGAGCCUGCGAGCUCGGCCAUGUGUGGGGCUGCGCCAACGCAAGCCGAAUGUAUAGACUUGGGGAUGGCACCGAGAAGGAUGAAAAGAAAGCCGAGGAGCUGAAGAAUCGAGCGAGGGAGCUGCAUGGUUUAGAGAAAGAAAGACAACUUAAAUUUGGGGAGUGAUUUGAGAGCACUCGUUUAUUGAUCACGUGGUUAACACACAUGUUUGUUCUUGUUGCAUUGUAAAAAGAAAACUAAGACAUGUGGUUGAAAGAUUGGUGAUGAUAUUUUUUGAAUGAAUGAAUUGGUUUGAAUUCUGUUUUAAAGUCAAGAUUGUGAAAUCUUUGUUCAUCAUUACUGUGUAGAGCAUAAAUCUAUUUAAAUUGGGGUUUUAUUUGUUAUUUAUGGCUUAAGAAAAUCACAUAAAUUGAGUUCAUAGUUUUAAUUUUUAAGUCCUCUAACACUGACUUAUAGAGGAUAUGGUUCAUAGGUAAAGAUAAAUGCCAGAAAUCAAAUGGUUGCAUUUUUUACCAAUUCAAACAGGAUCAUGGAAAAGGCAAACAAAAAAAAUGUUAAAAAGGAUAUUUAAAAUGUUUAAUGUUCAAAGAAAAGGCUAAGGAAAGAAAUGACAGGAAAGUUUGGCUCAGUGGAGGAAAAAAAUAAAAAGCACUU